CUGACACACACACACACCUAUAAAAACCCCAAACCCCAACCCUCCGUAAACUUUGCUUUUUUCUCUUCUCCUUCUCCACCUCCCCUUCUCUCACUAGGAUUGAUCUGCAACUCUUCCGGAGGAAGUUGAUUGGGGAGGGGACGACAACCAUGGCGGCAAGAAGAGAGCUCGUUUAUCUAAUUCUUCAGUAUUUGGAGGAAGACAAAUACAUGGAGACUGUUCACAGGUUGGAGAAAGAGUCCGGGUUUUUCUUCAAUAUGAAGUAUCUUGAGGAAAUUGUGACAAAUGGUGAUUGGGAGGAGGUGGAGAACUACUUGUCAGGAUUUACUAAGGUUGAGGACAAUAGACACUCAUUGAAGAUUUUCUUUGAGAUUCGGAAACAAAGAUACCUUGAGGCUCUUGACAGUCAUGAUAAUGAUAAAGCUGUUGAGAUUCUUCAGAAGGAUUUGAAAGCAUUCUCGUCUAUCAAUCCAGAGAUUUUCAAGGAAAUAACGAUGCUUCUAACAUUGGAGAAUUUCAGGGAGAAUGAGCAACUAUCAAGCUAUGGUGAUGCUAAGACUGGCAGGGCUAUAAUGCUUGCAGAACUGAAAAAGGUAAUUGAGGCAAAUCCAAUUUUCCAUGAUAAGCUUGAAUUCCCCAAAUUUAAGAAGUCAAGGCUGAGGACAUUGAUCAAUCAGAGUUUAAACUGGCAGCACCAUCUUUGCAAUAAUCCUAGGCAAAACCCUGACAUAAAAACUCUAUUUUGGGACCAUAGUUGUGGACCAGGUGCUUGUGCUACUUCCCCUGCAAUUAACCCUUUAAUGGGAUCCAUUCCAAAAGUAGGUGGCUUUCUACCAAUAGGUGCUCAUGGUCCUGCAGCACCUCCUUUGGCAUCUCUGCCUGGCUGGAUGGCUAACCCAUCCUUGGCUCCACACCAAACAGUUUCUUCUGGGCCAAUCAGUUUAACAGUUCCCAAUAAUACAUCAUCUUUGUUAAAGCGCCCAAGGACUCCUCCUAAUAACCCGGCAAUGGACUAUCAAACUGCAGAUUCUGGACAUGUGUCCAAGAGAUCAAGAGCAUUGGGAACAUCAGAUGAGGUCAAUAAUAGGCCUCUUAACGUCUUUCCACACACAUAUCCUGGCCACAUCCAUGCCCACCACCCUUACUCUUCUGAGGACUUGCCAAAGACUGUUGUUGUCAAUUUGACUCUAGGUUCAGCUGCCAAGAGCUUGGAAUUUCAUCCCCUGCAACACACUCUGCUUCUUGUUGGAACAAAUAUUGGUGACAUAACGAUUUGGGAAGUAGGCAGAAGGGAGAGGCUUGUUUCUCGGAAUUUCAAAAUUUGGGAUCUUUCUGUGUGUUCAAUGGCUUUACAGGCGUCUUUGGCAAAUGAAUACACUGCAUCAGUAAAUCGUGUGAUUUGGAGUCCUGAUGGUUCCCACAUUGGUAUUGCAUAUUCGAAGCAUGUAGUGCACAUUUAUUCCUAUCAUGGUGGUGAUGAUUUACGGAACCACCUAGAGAUUGAUGCUCAUGCUGGUAAUGUUAGUGAUCUUGCUUUCACUCACCUAAACAAACAAUUAUGCAUCAUAAGUUGCGGAGAGGACAAGACUACUAAGGUCUGGGAUGCUGUCACUGGCAAUAAACUGUAUAACUUUGAAGGUCAUGAAGCACCAGUUUAUUCUGUGUGUGCACACAUAAAGGACAACGUUCAGUUCAUCUUCGCAACAGCCAUUGAUGGGAAAAUUAAGGCUUGGCUGUAUGAUAACGUUGGUUGUAGAGUUGAUUACCAUGCUCCAGGCCAUUCUUGCACAAGAAUGGUGUAUAGUACUGAUGGUACAAGGCUCUUCUCCUGUGGGACUAAUAAGGAAGGGGAAUCAUACAUUGUGGAAUGGAAUGAAAACGAGGGGACUGUAAAGCGAACAUAUAAUGGGCUUGGGAAGCAAGCUCAUGGCGUUGUGCAGUUUGACACGACGAAGAACCGAUUCUUGGCUGCUGGUGAUGAGUUCCAAAUCAAAUAUUGGGACAUGGACAAUGUGAACCUUUUGAAUGCCACUGAUGCAGAGGGUGGAUUACUGGCUUCUCCUUGUCUACGAUUUAACAAGGAAGGAACUAUGCUAGCUGUUUCAACAAGUGAGAAUGGUGUUAAAGUACUUGCAAAUGCCGAUGGCAUUCGAAUUUUACGUGCAAUUGAGAAUUGUGCAGUUGAUGCCUCCCGGAUGGCCUCAGGAACUGCAACGGUGGGACCCAUAAUUGGAACAUCUGGUGGUUCCAGUUCUGCUCAUGGAACAAACAACGCGGUUGCAGUUAGAAGUCUGAACGGAGAUGGCCGGAGUUUUGCAAACAUCAAAGUAAGGGUUGCUGAGGAGCUAGAGAAACCAAAAACUUGGAAGCUAACUGAAGUUAAUGAACCAUCUCUUCUUCGCUUCAUAUGGCUGCCUGAUAGCCUGUUGGUAAAUAGAAUUGUUCGGUUAGUAUAUGCAAAUUCAGGAGCAUCUAUGUUGGCAUUGACGAAUACUGGGGUACAUAAACUUUGGAAAUGGCAGAAGGAUGAGAAGAAUGUUUCGGGCAAAGCAACUACCACUGUGCCACCACUGUUAUGGCAACCUGCCAGUGGUAUAGUGAUGACCAAUCAAGUACCCGAGACAACUCUUGAAGAUCCUAUCCAUUGCCUUGCUAUUUCAAAGAAUGAUUCUUAUGCACUAUCGGCAUCUGGAGGGAAGGUUUCGCUUUAUAAUAUGAUGAACUAUAAGACGAUGAUGACCUUUAUUGCCUCACCACCUGCAGCAACAUUUCUUGCCUUCCAUCCGCAGGACAACAACAUUAUUGCAGUGGGCAUGGAUGAUUCUACAAUUCAAAUCUACAAUGUCCGAAUUGACGAGGUCAAGAACAAGCUCAAAGGUCAUCAAAGGAGAGUUACUGGCCUAGCAUUUUCCAAUGUUCUAAAUAUUCUUGUAUCCGCAGGAGCUGAUUCUCAGCUGUGUGCAUGGAGCAUUGACGGAUGGAGAAACCAGGCUGCUAAGUUCUUGCAGAUUCCAACUGGUCGCGUGCCUACACCUAAUGCUCAGACCCGUGUUCAGUUUCACCAAGAUCAGAUACAUGUGUUAGCUGCUCAUGAAACUCAAAUAGCCAUAUAUGAAGCACCGAAGUUGGAGUGCCUUAAACAGUGGGUGCCACAAGAAUCGAUUGGUCCUCUCACAGAUGCUACCUAUUCAUGUGAUAGCCAGUCAAUUUAUGCAAGCUUUGAGGAUGGAAGUGUAUGCAUUCUAACUGCCUCUACACUCCGAAUCAGAUGUCGGAUAAGCACUCCUGCAUAUGUGAUGUCUAGUCCCAGCACGAAGGUCUACCCAGCUGUGGUUGCUGCUCAUCCAUCCGACCCUAAUCAAUUCGCACUUGGACUCACCAAUGGGGGAGUUGUGGUGAUGGAGCCACCGGAAUCAGAGGGGAUGUGGGGUACCAUGCCUCCAGUUGAGAAUGCAGGCCCUAAUGCCAGCUCCGCGGUGGUUCGGAUCAACAGCCAAGGGUGAUAGUGACUCAUAGGUUUUCGCAGCGGGUAGGGUUUAGGCUUGGCGGACGGGUAUUAGCUAACGCUGAUUAUUAUUUUGGGGAAUUCCCUUCAUACACAUAGAAAAGAGAAGAAGGUAAACAUAGAAGAGAGAGGGUUCGUUAGGGCUGACUUUGACGCCUUGCUACACAAGUAAUGAAUAUGGGUAUGACAAGGCUUUGACGUUUGUACAGGUUUUCUUUCCUCUUUCUUUUUAAUUUAUGCAUUUCAAUAUUGUUUUUA